CCCAGCAUGGCCCACAAGUCGAAAUUUAUCGACUACAUCGACGAAGCUUUGGAAAAAUCUAAAGAAACGGCGCUUUCUCGCUUGUUCUUCACCCACCAGGGUGUUCCUUACCCCGUCACCAUGUGCAGCUCAGAAACCUUCCACGCCUUGGGCACCUUUGAAGCCAGAAGCGAUGACAUCGUGCUGGCCUCUUAUCCGAAGUGUGGUUCAAAUUGGAUUCUUCACAUCAUUAGUGAAUUAAUAUCUGCUGAUUCUAAAAAAAAGUAUGAGUAUCCAGAAUUCCCAAUUCUUGAAUGUGGGGACCCAGAAAAAUAUCAGAGAAUGAAACAGUUUCCAUCACCGAGGAUUCUGGCAACUCAUCUCCAUUAUGACAAACUCCCUGGGUCCAUCUUCAAGAAUAAAGCUAAGAUACUGGUGAUAUUUCGAAAUCCUAAAGAUACCGCAGUAUCUUUUUUCCAUUUCCACAAUGAUGUCCCUGAUAUUCCAAGCUAUGGCUCCUGGGAAGAAUUCUUCAGACAAUUCAUGAGAGGACAAGUUUCUUGGGGGAGCUAUUUUAAUUUUGCAAUUAAUUGGAACAAACAUCUUGAUAAUGAAAAUGUUAAGUUCAUAUUAUAUGAGGACCUGAAAGAGAAUCUGGCCGCCGGAAUAAAACAAAUCGCAGAGUUCCUUGGACUCUCUCUCACGGGGGAGCAGAUUCAAACCAUCUCUGCUCAGAGCACCUUCCAGGCGAUGCGAGCGAAGGCCCCGCACACGCACGGGGCCCUGGGCCCGUUCCUGUUUCGCAAAGGUGAAGUUGGUGAUUGGAAAAAUCUGUUCAAUGCAACUCAGAACCAGGAAAUGGAUGAAAAAUUCCAAGAGUGCUUAGCAGGCACUGUCCUCGGAGCCAAGUUGAAGUAUGAGUCAUAUUGCCAAACUUGAUUCUGGUCAGUUCAUCAGGCCUGGGGGUUUUGUUUUCCUUAGUCGUAACUGAAUUUAAAUAAUUAAGUAACACAUUGAUCCAAUGAUCAAAUAAUUAUAAAUAACAUGUAGAGAUAAAUAACACAGAGUUAAAAACAAUAAUAAUACCUGAAGCUUUUCAGCAAAAACUGAAGUUUGUUCACUUUUUGAGAAAAGGCCACUUAGCUAAAAGAGGGAUAUUAAAUAAAUGUACCUAACAUGCCCGGCUGGUGUGGCUUAGUAGAUUAAGCAUUGUCCCGUGGACCAAGAGGUUUGAUUCCCGGUCAGGGCAUGUGCCUGGGUUGUGGGCUCGCUCUGGCAUACAGAAGACAGCCAAUCAAUGUGUCUCUCUCAUUGAUGUUUCUCUCUCUCUCUCUCCUCCCUUCCUCUCUGAAAUCAAUAAAAAAUAUUUUUAAAAAUGUAUCUGACACAAAGAUAAAGAACUUUUCUAGAUUAAAAACUGGGAGAAAUAGUCCCUAACAUAUGUGCACUACAAGGAAUAUUCG